UUACAAUAUGGCGACUAUCAGUGUACUGUGUCAUGUUUCUUUUGUUUCUUUUCGUUUUUAAUAUAUAAAAAUUUGUAUAUAUAUAUACAUAUAUUAUCUUCAGAUUAUACAUUCUAUAUUCCAAUGUUAAGUUCCGAUGAUACUGAAAUUGAAAAUGUUCCCCAAAAUGAGAGAUAUAAAAGAAAACCAAAAUAUGUCAAGAGGUUAAAUUUUGGUCAAUCUAUUAUAAAUUUAAAUACAGUUGAUAGAUUAAAGAAACCUGAUGGUAAUAAAUUUGUAAUUAACGAAAAUGUGGCAAGAAUACCUAGUACAGAAAAAGAAGAUUUUGUACGCAAGUGGAUUGAAAUUCAUAACAAUAACGAUGAUCUAACCAAUAAAGGAUCUUAUCAAUCAUCACCUAUAUUGGGUGCGUCUAUAUCAAUACAAGCACAAACUUCUCCUAUUCUUGGUGUUUGUAAAUACUAUAAUAAUAUAAGAUCAAAGUCAGAUUAUAAUCUUAUAAAAAGUGAAAUAUGUAAACAUUUAAAAACUUCACCAAUUCUUGGUACCUUAAAACGAAAGAAUAGAAAGGAGUUAAAUCAUUCUGCUAAAAAGAAACAAAUCAAGUUGCAUAUAGAUGAUCAUGUUAACACAAAAAAAAGUCUUUUUGUAGCAAAUUCUAAACAUGAUAGUUCACAAAAUGUAAACAACAAAUCUCCUAUAUUAGUUAGAGAUCCAUAUUAUUACAAAAGGAGACGUAGAAGAUGCAUUACUGAAAAUAAUCAAAUAUAUAAAUUAAAUACUGCUAUUGUUGAGACAAGUAAUUGCAGUAAUAGAAAUAUAAACUUAUUACCUUCUAAUACAUCACCAAAUUUUAAUUCUUUAAGUCCUGAAAUUUUUACAUCUAGUACAAAAGAGGAAAAAAUAGAUUGUGGUAAAGAUGAUGAAGAAAUUUGUGUAUCAAAGAAUAUGAUUAUUCCUACUCUCUCAAACUCUUCUAUGAUAGAAGAUAAUGUAAUUAUUAACAAUAGUUCUAUAGAUAAAAACAGUCCAGUGAUUGAGUCAGUAUCUAGCGACGAUGGUAAUAUAACAGAGCACAAAGAGAUUACAGAUUUAAGUAGUGAUAAUGAUGAAAUAAUAAAUAGUAUGAUAGAAGAUAUAGAUAAUGAAGAAGUGAUUGCUUUAACAAAAAACUCUAUUUCUGGGUCUAAUAUUGUAUCCGAAAGUUUAUGUAAGGCUAUAGAUGAAUGGUCUGCUGCUUCUUCUAAAGAUUCAGACAAGACAUUUUAUUCUGAAGUAGAAGUUAAUGAGAAUAAACUUUCUCGUGAGAUUGCAGAUAAAUGGAAUAUAGAAUCUCCUAAAGAUUCAGAUGAAAUAUUGUGUUCUAAAACAGAAUCCAUAAAAUCUGUAUCAUCUAUAUUUCAAAAUAAUCAUUCAUUAGACAAAAUAUCUCAAGCAACAAGCUUUUCUAAUGAGAGCAUAGAUAGUAGAUUAAGUCAAACAAAUUUUAUUAUAAGUACUGCUACAUCUCCAGUAAGAACAAAUAGCUGGCCUGCUAUGACUUUACAAAUAUUAGAUUCUUGUAAGAAAAAGCGCAGAAUAAAAAAGAACAGUUUAGCAGCAAAAUUGCAAUCAUUGGUAAAUAGACAAACAUCAUUUGUUCGUAUGUGGCAACAUCAAAUGAAGCAAGCAGAUAUAGAUGGUACGUCUAUGCCACACGUGGUCGUAUAUGUAGAUAAAUGUACAAUGCAUUUGUACAGACAAUUUUUAGAAGGAAUUGUUUUAGAUGAUUCUUUUAAUUUAUUAAAUACUAACGAAAAUCAUAGAAAAUCUAAUCUGUCUGAAUCAUCAAGUGAAAAAAUAUCAUAUAAAAUGAUUACUAUGAUUGUUAUACCCGAUAUCGUAGGCACAAUAAUGUCGGUUGCUCAAGAUCGUCCAGAAUUAUACGAAGAAGUGAAAUUAUAUAAAAAUGCCAGAGAAAGAGAAAAGCAUGACAAUCAAGCUGAUCUUUAUGCAGUGGUUAAUACAUUGCAACAUUUAGAAAAGGCUUAUAUCAGAGAUUGUGUCACACCGAAGGAGUAUACAGCAGCAUGCAGUAAAUUGUUAGUUCAAUACAGAGCAGCAUUUAAACAGGUUCAAAGCGACCAGUUUCCUACAAUAGAUGCAUUUGCAAGAGCAUUUCGGUUGGAUUGUCCAGCUGCUCUGGAAAGGAUUAAGGAAGAUAGACCAAUUACAAUCAAAGAUGACAAAGGAAAUACUUCUAAGUGUAUCGCAGAUAUUGUUUCAUUGUUCAUUACUUUGAUGGACAAACUUCGACUAGAAAUCAAAGCUAUGGAUCAGUUACAUCCAGAUUUGAGGGAUUUAAUGGAUACAAUGAAUCGUCUUAGUAUAUUAUCCAGCGAUUUUAAUGGAAAAGAAAAGAUUGCAGAAUGGUUACAGACAUUAAAUAAUAUGUCUGCUUCAGAUGAACUGUCAGAUACACAAGUGAGACAACUUAUUUUUGAUCUUGAAACAUCUUAUAAUGCUUUCAACAAAAUUUUACAUAAUUCUUAACUUUGGAUAUUCAACAAAUUCACUGCUCAGACAUUAUUUUUAUUAAUGCAGUGAUAUUCGUUCCAAUCGUUCAGGUCGUAUUACGUGCAAUUACGUAAGUUUUUGCAAUGAGAACUACUCAUGUCGAAUCAUAUUCCUCCGAUUGUUCCUUCAAUUUUAUGCGAAGAUAAUGAUAUCGAAGGAUUUAUCGUAUUACCAUUUGCUCGCUACGUGUAACUGAGUUAAAUAUAAAUAUAAGUGACGUAUAUAUAUAAAAACAUAUAUAUAUAUACAUAUGUAUAGCUAUGCACAGAGUUAACUAUUUUCGAUGUGAUACUUUCUAAACCGUACACAGUGAAUUGCAAAGUGUGUGACACCUGAUGUUAAAGAUAUGUAUAUUAUUAGAGUGAUAAAAUUAUUUGUAAUUGUGAUUCUCUAUUCGGGGAAUAAGAAAGAAAGCCAAAAAUCAUUAAAUGAAUUUUUUGUUUUUUAGAUCUUUUUUUUUCUGUUUUGUGAAUCAAAAACUAAUUUUUGGAUAACUUUACGUCGAACGUUUGCGAAUAUUAAAUGUAGAGUAGUCUAGGAUAAGCACAUGCGUUGUGUUUGUUAAUAUGAACUAUUUGUUGCUUUGAUUAUAUCGAAGAAAAUAAAAAGGAAUAGAAUUUUA